CGCAUUGAAGGCUGCGUCAGACCCAAACGCAGACGGCCCCUCCAUUGCUUUUUCUGUUUACAGCUCACAGCUCUCCCCGCCGUUGACUCCCUCGUCUGUCUAUACAGCACAUAGCAGACCGUCUCCUGCAGCUCCGCCACUAUUACUCUUCUUUGCAGUCGCCGCCGCCGCCGCCGCUGCCAAAGUGCCCACGACUUCUAUCUGCUUCGGCUGCCCCGCGAGACCGGACCCUACUCGACGACGACGUUUGACGGCCGCAUUCCGAGACAUUGACAAGACAGACUUGACUGCAAGAAGACAUGGGAUCGCAGCCAGACCAGCCCGAGGGCUCCAAGGCUGACGUAGCCAACCUCGGAUACACGCCCAUGGCCAAGGUGUCGGAGCCUUGGACCGUCGAAAAGGUCCUCGAGACGCUGCCCGGAGACGCACCCGUGCAGGACUCCAGCUCGCCGCUGGCCUUUUUCCACAUGCUCGAGAGGCUCAAGACGACGAAGCGUGAGGGCUGGCGGCGGUUCGGCAUCGAGAGGGGCGAGUCCAUCGCCGACCACAUGUACCGCAUGUCCCUCAUCUCCAUGUUCGCGCCCCCGUCCCUCGCGCCGCGCCUCGACCUGCCCAAGUGCAUGAAGAUGUGCCUCAUCCACGACAUGGCGGAGCUGCUGGUCGGCGACAUCACGCCCGUCGACGGCGUGGCCAAGCCGGAGAAGAACCGACGCGAGGCGGCGACCAUGGACUACCUGACCAAGACGCUGCUGGGCGGCGUGGCGGGCGGCACGACGGGCGACGAGAUGCGCGCCAUCUGGCAGGAGUACGAGGACUCGCAGACGCUCGACAGCCACUUCGUGCACGACGUGGACAAGAUGGAGCUGCUGCUGCAGAUGAUGGAGUACGAGAAGCGCGCCAAGGGCCAGCUGGACCUGGGCGAGUUCGCCUACGUGGCCCGGAAGAUGACACUGCCCGAGACGCGCGCCUGGGCUGACGAGCUGCUGGCGGAGCGGGAGCGCUUCUGGGCGGGUGCGGCGCACGUCCACGGCGAGCAGGGCGUCGACGGCGGUGUGACGAACGAGCGGAGUGUGCAACAGGACGCUUACUAUAGUAGGGAGGCCUAGGCCAAGAGUUCGACGUUUUUGAUACGCAGAGGCUUUUACGAGUGACGGGCGGCCGGCCGGGCGGCCGGAUGAGAACGGAAGAAUUGGUCCGGACAAGAAGAUGGCGUUGCGCAAGCAUACGGAAAUCAUGACACGGGUGCACCGGGCACCUAGGGGGGAACCCCACGCGAAUAGACGUGUUGUCACGAACAUAAUAUGAUGACAUGGUGGCAUCGCAUGGAUCUCUGGGUGCACAGUUGUCCUGACGUGGGAUGGUGCUGCCGUGGAUUUAAGCUGUGGCCUUAACCGCUGACGACGUCGACUGCAGAAAGGAGUGGCCCAUGCCGCGUUUCCACUGGCACCUGGACGGUGAAGGUGCAGAGACAGGGCAGUGCCCGCGCGCAACGGUCUUUUGAGUCGGUCAGUGGCACGACGAGGACAGUGACGAACCCCGUGUCGCGCGCGAAGAAGGCCUUGCUCGUGGCCGUGACAUGACGAUUACCAAGGGAGGCUUGCAUUACGUGACGAUCAAUCAAUACUCUUAUACACGUCUACAUGUACUUUGCAUAUUAUAUUUAUAUAUUUACCUAUAUAUUCGGUGUUCCCGGG